AGUCCGAUUCCGACUGCGCGCCAAGACGCACGCGUGCCGCUGCGUAGCCGAACGUGCUUUACGAAAUUCGAACGCCGCGUUCGGAAUUCGAAUAAUAUUCUAAAAAAUAUUGUGCCAGUUUGUGUGACCGAACAAUUAAGUUUGCAGUGCGUGUGAAUAAAUUGGAAUUUAAUUUCUGUUUUUUAUGGAUGAAUGAAUUUUGUGGCAAUAUUUAUUUUUUAAAAAUAUUGAAUCAACUGUGUUAAUUAUUGGUGUGGUUUACCUUGGUUCGUGUCAAAUUGUCUACUAACUUCUUUUAAAACGUCAUCGAGGAGUCAUCUUUGGAGCUAAUAGAUACCCCCAAAAACAAUGAGUAUACGCCAAUCCUUCAGGUGACGUGGCGCAAGUUGUGACCGAUGCGCGUGUCCAGCGCUUGCCUCGACCAAUGAGAGCGCCGCGCGGGAGCAUGGAUGGGCCGUAGAAUGCGCCCCACUCCGGCGCCGAUAUACAUAUUCCUUCUCAUCUGUACCGGUGGCUAUGCUUUUAUACCUGGCGUUGAUGGUCCAGUGUCCAACGUGGAAGCUUUGGAGGGCGGUGACGUCACGCUGCGCUGCGACUCAACCCCUGACUCCUCCGACGAUGAGUUCAUGAUCCUCGUGUGGUACAAGAAUAAUAUGCCCAUAUACAGCUUCGAAGUACCAGACAAGCAAUGGUCGGAGCCAUCGUUCAACACGAGUGCACGACUGACAGCCAACAUUCACUCCCAACCGACUUCCAUCACCAUAUCCUCGCUGUCGGAAGACGAUCAGGCGAUGUACCACUGCCGGGUCGACUUCCGACUCUCCCCCACCAGAAAUGUGGGCAUCAAUGUCACUGUUGUUGUGCUUCCAAGCCCACCAUUCUUCAUGGACGAGAUGAGCAACAAAGUGGUCGGCAGAGUCGGUCCCUACCACGAUGGAGACACGCUAGUAUUACGCUGUCUCGUCAUAGGAGGUCGUCCCCCGCCUCGUAUAAGCUGGUAUUCCGGGGACACGCUAGUAGACGCUUCAGAUGGCGACAGCGAGAUCCCCGCAGUGAGGGAGAACGAGUUAUACCUGCCUUUGACCAGGGACAAUGCUGCGGCGCUCUCGUGUAGAGCUUCGAACACGCACCUCGCGCCUCCUAUAGUUGCCAGCUUGGAUGUUGAAUUGUAUUUACCAGCAUACAACGUCUCAAUCCACUGGGUGCGCGGCACGGCGGGUGACGCGUUGCGAGUGGGGGGCGUUGCGCUCGCGCAGUGCACGGCGCGCGGCUCCUACCCGCAGCCCGAACUGUCAUGGUGGCUCGACCAUAAGCAUCUUACGCAUCAUAGUAAUCAGACCUGGUUCAACUCAUCUCUAACAGCGAUAUCGUACCUAGAGCUUAGCCCUUCUAUCGGCGACAACGGUGCGACGCUCGCGUGCGUCGCCACCAACCCGGUGAUGGCACCCAACAGGGGCUCCAAGGCUGAUGUUAUUACGCUUAAUGUUACAUAUAGUCCAAUGGUAGACGUGAUAAAACUGGGCGAUGGAAAUCUGAACGAGGUAGUGGAGUUAGACUCGCUUCAGUUAGAGUGUGACGUCAGAGCCAACCCGCCCGUUGAGGAGUUUAUGUGGUAUUUUAAUGAUAUUAAAAUAAGAUCAGGCGGCAUAUGGGGCGACAUAGUCUCGUCUCACCAGCUGCUGGUGGAAGAGGCGACGCGCGCGCAUGCGGGACGAUACUCGUGCGCAGCUGUCAACGCCAUCGGCGAGACUAGAUCCGAUACUAUACUUAUAACUGUAUUUUACCCACCAGAAUGCACAGGCUACGGAAUAAGACUUGUUAAAGAAACAAUCCACUGCAUCGUCAAAGCGUUGCCAGCUCCAGACACUUACUUCUGGUACCUCCAACCAGCUGGUUUUGAGGUCCAACAGCUGACCACAGGGUCCCCUAUACUGCCUCUUGAUCAGAUCACGGGACCUCUAGCAGAGACCUUGAAAGCUAGUUGUGAAGCCAGUAAUGGGGUUGCAACGCAAGAAGAACCUUGUGAUCGGAUGUUCACCUUCGAACAUCUAAGACCCCCUCAGCCUCAGGAGUGUGAUAUUGCGUACGAGUUUGGGGAGUUCCAGAUGAAGUGUAUGCCAGUUGAGAACGCAACAUACUACGAGGUGUCAGUGUGGCGCAUGUCGGAGAGCAACUCGACGCUGGUGCUGGAGCGACGCGCCAGCAUGGGCUUCGGCAGCGGCAGGGCGCUGGCUGCCGGCGGCGCCAGUGUGGGAGGUGUUGCGUCUGGCGCCGCAAUGGAGCGCGGUGCGCUGGCGGUGCGCGCGGCGCUGGGCAGCGUGCGGCGCGGCGACGAGGCGGGCGCCAGGGCUUGCAAUAGAUAUGGAUGCUCAGCCCCCAUGCUACUGAGGCCUACUGAUACCCUGCUACAUGCUGCUGAACCGCCUUGGUGGUAUUUUUUCCUCGAAAAAGACGUGGGCAUAUCAAUAGGGGCAGUAGUACUGGUGGCCGUAUUCAUCAUAUCAUCAGUACUGCUGGUGCGGCUAGCGAGGAGACCGCGCUCGAAGCCGCAGCCUGUCAUACAGGUGCUGCAGCUAGAUGACGUGGCCAGGAACUAUCUGGAUAACAUUGGAGAGCACAAAGUGCACGCAUCAUGCAGCUUACGCUCGUGCAGCAGCGGCUAUUCAGACGCAUCGGGGGACUCCGCCCCGCCCGAGCGCCGCCGCAAGCCCGCCUGGGAGCGCUGGGAGCCACCACCUCCCGACGUCACGCUAACAUUACAUAGAGAGAGCGCUGUUUGAACGACUGAUCUUUGACAUUACCACAUACAGGAAAAGGCAAGGGUUCAAAAACAUAAAAACCACCAGUUGCCAUAGAAUGGCUGAAUUUGAAAAACAUUUGAAGGUUUUACUUUCGGGAUCACAUUCUGCAAACUCAUUUUAACCAGUCUUCGAAUAUUUAUCGUGUCGUCUAAUGUUAAGAAUUAUAAGUUGGGGGACUCUGCCCCCACUCCCCCGCCGUUGCAAGUCUACACGCAUUUGAGGCUAUCGCGCUGUUAUAUCUUGUCAUACCCUCAAUACAGGUAAAAAAAAGCUAGGAACUGCAAACAUGAUUGGGACAUUUAUAACUUACCAUCGAUACCAUGAAUGACCAGCUACGAAAUGAUAUAAUCUACGCUUGACUAUCUUUUAAGAAAUUAAAUGUAAAAAAUGACUGAUUUAAAAAACUGGCCUAAUAUCCUACAUACUCAAAAGAAACAUUCAUUCUCGAAUGGCUCCCAAAAGAACUUACUUGUUCUCGCUGCCUAACUGGUGGAAGCUAAACAGCUGAGGUUUAAUUAAUAUUAAUUCUCCAACCGACUUUCUUGCCAUAAGUAGUAGGUACCUAUAACAUUUCGAAUACCUAGACCAUGAACCUUUAAAUAAAACCUUUACACAUGUUUCAAAUAAAUAAGAAAUCUAAAUUAGAUAAAUAACUUCUUAUUUCACUGCCAUACUGUACAGUUUAAGAUAUAAAUUCAGAGAUUAAACAAAACAAAAAGAAUAGAAAUAAAAAUUAAGUUACUGUUGCGCCAUCUAUUGUAAGCUUUUGAAAACCCUCGCCGCCAUUACUGUUUUACGAGUUUACGACUUUAUGAAAGUGACUGUUUUUGAUUGACUGAAAUAUUUAGAACGCGUUGUAUUAUAUUAAAAUGUAUGUAUGUUCUUCUGUUGCCACUGAGUGUAGUAAUAUUUGUAAUAUAAAUGUUAAAUAUUCUGACUUUAAUAAAGUUAAUUUAUUGGUGUCAAUGUGAGCGAUAAUUUCAACGGGACACUUCAAUAUGUAAAAACUGUUUCCAGCUACACGCUAAAUAAUUUAUAAUGCGUUCUAAGAAUACUUUAUAGUAAAAUUGAUAUUGUCAGUCGAAAGUUUAAUUAAAUGUGAAAUGUAUAAAGAUGUAUAUUGCCAAUAUGAAUGCAUGUGAUGCAUAGAUAAUUGAAAUUAAAUGUUUUCUGUCUAUGGCCGUAUUAUGAUAUUGUGAUCCAGAUUUGAAAGCGAAAAAAUAUUAUAUUAUUCAUUUUGUGUAGCUGCGUUUUGCACACAAUGGAAUUUUACUCACAAUAUCAUUGUACGGUACAUUUUGUAAAGUUAAUGUCUUAAAUACAAAACCUGCAUUUAUAAGUUUACGGAUUUGCUUACCAAACCACCCCUUAUUUUAAUCUGUGCCAUGACCAAGAAGGCUCUGGUCCAACGAAAAUAAAACCAGGCUUUAAAUUAUUAUAUUUGUUUAUUACAAGCUUAAAUUUAGAAAUAUUAUAUACUUAAUUAAUUAAGUAAAUCUAAUAAUAAAUAUUUAAAAACUAA